ACCAACACAGUGACAUAGCAACGCGGUCUGGCGGACAUCUUGGAAAGAGCACUGCACAAUCAGUGUUGUGUUGACGCCUAAAGGGAAUACUGGCCACAUUCUGACAGGCAGCGAUGGAAGACUCUAUUUACGCACUUCUCCCUCAGGAGGAGAUAAAGGAGGAGAAGCAAAAAAGAUAUACCUCGAAAUUUAGACACAUGGUAAAGGAGGAAUAUACAAGUGGCCGUGGCAAGUACCGCACUAUGGGGCUAGCCAAGGAACCAGUGCCUUCAACAGAUGAUUUUUUGAAGAAGCAUGAGAAAGAGCCGGUCUUGCCUACAAAGGAACCUUUUAAGUAUCCUGAUGAAGACUUCCGACGGCCACCAGUUCCAAAAGUGAAUGACAAACCUCUGAUGGGCCUUAAAACCACGAAAAACUUUAUCACCACAAAUGCAGUGGAGGCAAUUACAGCAGUUCCCAGCAAACCAAAGAAGAAAUUUGUAGAUACACGUCAUGGAGAUGCCCACAAUCUUGUGCCUUCAGGCCUGGAACCAGUCUAUGUCCACAAGAAGGAAUAUGGAGAAGUACCAGUCUACCUGGAUAAGCGAAAGAAAGAGAUGAAAAGGGCACAGGAAGAAUAUGAUGCUUACAUUGCUGAAUAUUACCAACGUGGUGCCUUGCGGAGGUUAACUCAAGAGGAAAUGCAAACCAUUAUCAAUGGUCUGAAGGCUAACUGGGAGCACAUCUACACACAGUACCAGAGCCUCUCAGUUGUCACAGACACCACUCCCAAGAAGAAUCGCAAGGAGCGAAUGGAAGGACAAAUGAAGCAGCUGGAAAAGGACAUUGAACUAUUUGAAAAGCACCCAGUAAUUUACAUUGCCAACUAGACAAGUCGUUCUAUUAUCUAGCUUUGACAAGGUCUUGAUUCGACUCCCUUUCUGAGACAAGUCAUUUGUGAUAGUUAAGGGAGGCAAACAGUGUUGAGGGACCUUUCAUGUGGCAUGGAGUUUGUAUGAGGAAUAUGGAUUGUGAGAAUGGAUUUUUCAUGGUUUUUGCAGACAUGAAAGGAAUUUGAGGUUCCUAAUAAUCUGGAAAUCAUCUUAAGCACACCUACCAUUUCUACUGGAGUAUUAGUACUUUGCUAACAUUGUCUGUCACAAAGAUGUGUAGCUAAGGUCAACAACAAAACUUUAGUCCCAAGAGUAGCUCAUAAAUAUAUAUUUUAUUUACUCUUGUGUGUAAAAGAAGAACAAAAGGAGAGAUGAUUAUCUUAUACAUAUCAUUGUUAAAGUUUUUUUUAUACAAAACUCUUUUAAAUAAAUCUCAUGUUCAUUUUGCAUAACACAGGUAAUUUUGUAGGUGAACUGCGAGAAAUAUUUCCGUCUUUGUCACAUAAGAAAGAAAUAUUACGAUUUUGUAAACUUGUACAACCUUAUUUCCAGUAAAGUUAGCUACACUA